UCUCUCUCUGCCUGGCUCCAGCUCCUGUCUGCUGCAGUCGGACUGCCCUGUCUGCCUCUGAGCCUGCUGGGAGUUGGAGGGAGAGAGAAACCGUCGAGGGAGAGCGAGCAAGAAGGGGGAAGUGUGUGUCUGCGUGUGUGUGAGAGAGAGGGAGUGAGUGUGUGUGGUGCGGAGCCCCCCUCCUCAAAAAAAAAAACAAAACUGGAAACCACAACCAAAAGAAAAAGACGCGCGCACACACUCACGCUUCGGCCGGACUUUAAACCCCUCUCCGGACGGCUUGUUGGCACUGCGCUCACGGGGAGCCGUGGAAAGCCUCCACGGAGACCCUGAAACUUACGUGAUUGUUUUUUCUUCUUCUUCGGUGGUGGGCAGCAGCAGCAGCAGCGCUGUUGCGCCGAGCGGGCUGCACUGAGUGGAUUCAUUGGUUGGAGCAGGAUUGCGCAUUGGCUCUGCUGUGUAUGCACCGCUGAUCCAGAGAGGGAAGAGAAACCAUGAAGAACUAAACCCUUUCUCCUCCUCCUCCUCCUUCUUCUUGACUUAAAUCCUUUGUUUUUAAACUAGUAUUUUGUCUUCUCCUUCUUCUUCUCUCGUCCUGUUGUGGGAUGCGUCGCUUGCUUUAGGGUCCCGCUUGUUGACAAACAGUUUUUUUUUUUAAUAAGAAGUUUAACAACAAGCUUCAGGCACAAGAAGACAGAAAAUGUCCACGCCGAGGUUCAAAAAGGAUAAAGAGAUCAUCGCGGACUACGAGAGUCAAGUCAAAGAGAUUCGGGCCCAGCUGGUGGAGCAGCAGAAAUGUCUGGACCAGCAGACAGAGAUGAGGGUCCAGCUGCUCCAAGACCUCCAGGACUUCUUCAGGAAGAAGGCAGAGAUUGAGAUGGAAUACUCCAGAAACCUGGAGAAACUGGCCGAACGCUUCAUGGCAAAGACUCGCAGCACCAAGGACCACCAGCAGUACAAGAAAGACCAGAACCUGCUGUCCCCAGUCAACUGUUGGUACCUGCUGCUGAACCAGGUGAGGAGGGAGAGUAAGGACCACGCCACACUGAGCGAUAUCUACCUCAACAACGUCAUCAUGAGGUUCAUGCAGAUCAGUGAGGACUCCACGCGGCUACUCAAGAAGAGCAAGGAAAUAGCAUUUCAGCUCCAGGAAGACUUAAUGAAGGUCCUAAAUGAGCUAUACACAGUGAUGAAAACCUACCACAUGUACCACUCAGAGAGCAUCAGCGCCGAGAGCAAGCUAAAAGAGGCUGAAAAGCAAGAGGAGAAGCAGAUCGGCAGGGGAGAUCCAGUCUUCAGCAUCCGUAUGGAGGACAAAUACCAGAGGCGCAGCUCUGUGAAGAAGAUCGAGAAGAUGAAAGAGAAGCGUCAAGCCAAGUACUCCGAAAACAAGCUGAAGUCGAUCAAAGCUCGGAACGAGUACCUACUGACACUGGAAGCGUCAAACUCCUCUGUUUUCAAAUAUUACAUCCACGACUUGUCGGACUUAAUUGAUUGCUGUGAUUUGGGAUACCAUGCCAGUCUGAAUCGGGCCCUGCGGACCUACCUGUCAGCCGAAUACAACCUCGAGACAUCACGUCACGAAGGUCUUGACAUCAUAGAGAAUGCUGUGGACAGUCUGGACCCACGAAGUGACAGACAGAGGUUCAUGGAGAUGUACCCUACAGCCUUCUGCCCACCGGCAAAAUUUGAGUUCCAGGCUCAUAUGGGAGACGAGGUGUGUCAGAUCUCAGUGCAGCCACCGGUAAACGGAGAGCUCAUCCUUAGGUUCCAGCAGCUUCAGUCUCGCCUGGCUACUCUGAAGAUUGAGAACGAAGAGAUCAAAAAGACGUCAGAGGCCACCUUGACCACCAUUCAGGACAUGGUGACCAUUGAAGACUACGACGUGUCCGAAUGUUUCCACCACAGCCGAUCCACAGAGUCGGUCAAGUCCACUGUAUCGGAGACGUACCUCAGCAAACCCAGCAUUGCCAAGAGGAGGGCCAACCAGCAGGAGACAGAGCAGUUCUACUUCAUGAAAUUCCGGGAGUUUCUGGAGGGCAGUAAUCUCAUCUCCAAACUGCAGGCCAAACAUGACUUGCUGAAGAGGACCCUUGGUGAAGGCCACAGAGCUGACUACAUGACCACAAGACAUCCCAAUGGGCCACUCAGAACCCACACUGGCACCCGACGGGCUAGACCCCGCUCUGUUUUUAAUGUUAGGUUAUUUAAUGGCAAUUUGGAGUCCUUUAUCAAGGACUCUGGACAAGCUAUCCCACGUGUGGUUGAAAGCUGCAUUCGCUACAUCAAUUUGUAUGGCCUCCAACAUCAAGGAAUAUUUCGUGUAUCUGGAUCGCAGCUGGAAGUCAAUGACAUUAAGAACUCGUUUGAAAGAGGAAACGACCCUCUGACGGAUGACGAGAAUAAUCAUGACAUCAACUCGGUGGCUGGCGUUCUCAAACUUUACUUCCGUGGCUUGGAGAACCCUCUUUUCCCCAAAGAGAGGUUCAAUGAUCUGCUGGCAUGCAUCAGGAUAGAGAACUUGUAUGAGAGAGCGCUGUACAUCCGUAAGAUCCUCUUGACCAUUCCCAGAUCAGUCCUCAUCGUCAUGCGCUACCUCUUCGCCUUCCUCAACCACCUGUCCCAGUACAGCGACGAGAACAUGAUGGACCCAUACAACCUGGCCAUAUGCUUCGGCCCCACGCUCAUGCCCACACCAGACAGCCAGGAUCAGGUCUCCUGCCAGGCCCACGUCAACGAGAUAAUCAAAACCAUCAUCAUCCACCAUGAGACCAUCUUUCCUGAUGCCAAAGAACUGGAUGGACCCAUCUAUGAGAAGUGUAUGGCUGGAGGAGACUAUUGUGAGAGCCCCUACAGUGAGCAUGGAGCCUUGGAGGAGGUAGAAAAUGAGGCAGGGACAGAGACGCACACCAGCGAGGAUGAGGGCGAACCCAUUGAAGCCAUUGCCAAGUUUGACUACGUUGGGCGCUCUUCCCGAGAAUUGUCCUUCAAGAAGGGCGCCUCCCUGCUGCUGUAUCAGCGGGCGUCAGAAGACUGGUGGGAGGGACGACACAACGGCAUCGAUGGCCUGGUGCCACACCAAUAUAUUGUGGUCCAAGAUAUAGAUGACAACUUCUCGGACACCCUGAGUCAGAAGGCUGACAGCGAGGCCAGCAGCGGCCACGCUGGAGAGGAUAAAUGUUCAGGAAAAGACAUCGGCUCGCCCACUGACACCAGGAUCUCUGAGGCCUACAUUACCAGCAGACACAAGAAACGAUCAGAACCACCAUCACGGCGGCCUCCUGCCCGCCCCAGCGAUGUCCACUGCAUGGUGCAUCCCUCCCAGCACGGUCAUGGAGGGCAUGGAGGCACCCCAGAGAUGGGCUCCCCAGUUCUAGGCCACUUCAGCCCAAGGGACAUGCUGCGGAGUCGUAACCACAUGCCCAUGGACAGCCCUGAACGUCGGCGCCGCACUGGGCACGGCAGCCUGACAAACAUCAGCCGUCACGAGUCACUGAAGAAGAUGGAGAGCCCCCCAAUCCGUCGCUCUACCUCUUCGGGGCAGUAUACGGGUUUUACUGACGCCCACCACCAUCACGGCGGCAAGCCCCUGGAUCCGGAGACCAUCGCACAGGACAUAGAAGAAACUAUGAACACUGCUCUGAAUGAGCUGCGCGAGCUGGAGCGGCAGAGCUCAGCCAAGCACGCCCCCGACGUGGUGCUGGAUACCCUGGAGCAGCGGCAGACCUCUGGCAGCAGCGGUGGCGGGGGUCCCACACCGGCCAGCUCCAGUGAGUCCCUCAGCCCCAUCCACGGCGUCAUGCUGAGGUCCACCGCCAACACUGAGCCACCUAUCCGCCGCAGCACCAGCUCCUCCAGCGAUACCAUGAGUACCUUCAAGCCUGUGGUAGCGCCCCGCAUGGGGGUGCAGCUCAAACCUCCUGCCUUGAGGCCAAAGCCCAUGGUCCUGCCCAAGUCCAGCCAGGCCUCACAGCCUCCAGCUGCUCAGGACCCUCUGGACAAGUCCUGCACGAUGUAACUCCUGGGACAGGAACCAGAGAUGCAAAACAAAAACUCUCAAUCAACUUCCAGGGGGGCUGCAAAACGCUACCAGUGUCUGGACUUCAAAUAACAAACAACAUCUAAGAGUGUGUAAAAUACAUGGACCUGGACAGGACGUAUGUUCCUUUGUGGUGAAAAUAAAGAGGACUCUGACAGGGAGACUGAUGUAGGAGUUACAACAUAGACGGAUCUGUCGGUCAGACAAAUCUUAUCGUCUUAGUAACAUGUGCACAGUUAUGUGUUAAUAUGCUUAGGGUAAAAUUAUCUAACAAAUGUCUUUUUAUUUUAAAGAAAUUCAAACAACAAAUCACAAAGGCUUCCUUCGAGGUUUUUAGAAAACGUACACUAGAUAGUUUAGUUUACACACAUUCAUGAACUGUGUAUGAUCUAAAGAAAGCACGCUGCAUGUACAGUAGCAGUUUACCACUGAACCUGAACCUGAACCUGGAGCUUGAUGAGAACUGUAGUGACCAGAGUGGCAUUCUCACACAACUAGAUUAUACAAUUUUUUUAUUAUUAUUUUUGUUCUGCUCUUACUUAGGAGGGCCCUUGAAGGUGUUGUGAACUGGUUUAACGGCCUUAUACUGACUUUCAGUUUCAAAUGUUAAAUAUUAUAAAGGUGCUGUGACUACCUGAAGAGAAAUGAUUUGAAGGUUGGGCUGAUUACGUGCUAACAACUAACGGUACUUUGUUAAUAGUUAAUAGUACUGAUAGCAGUGUGCUUUUUUUUCCACUUGCGUGUAAACUCUGCAACUGUCUUUGGCCGGGCGUACCAUCUGAUCACCUCUGUGCUGGACUCACUCAAAUUUCUUUGAACAUAUUGCCUGGAAUAACUAUUGGAUAAAACCACUACUUCAUGAUGAACUUUGUUUUGAACAUUUCGAUGCAUUCUCAACUUCCUGCUUAGAUAACUCAUGCUGCAGGGAUAAAAUAUGCCGAAUAACUUCUGCCUUUGCAUCUGUAUAAUCUAUGGGGUGUGACCAGUGUGAAAAAUUCAGACGAUAAAUCAUCUCCUACCUACGAUAUAUACAACACAUAUGCUAUUAUAUGGUGUGGAACACAUGCCAGAGCUUCUUUUAUGCCUUGCUUGGCUUUAUCUACCCAAAGACAUGACUGUACAAGUGAAGCAUGGAUGUUGACCCUCCAUAUAUGACGUAGGUAUUCUUCAUAUUGAUUGAUGUGUAUAGACUCAUGGCAGCGCCCUGUGGGAGUGCUGCCGGUAGCCAUGGACCUAAUGACUGUUAGUGUAAAAGCCUCCUAAUAUGUUCCCCCUGCUUCUAGAAUGUCAGUAAAUGUGUGUGUGUGUGUGUGUGUGUGUGUGUGUGUGUGUGUUUUUUUUAUUUUUUAUUUUAUUGUUCUCUGACUGACACUGAGGCUUCCUCUGUCUGCAUUUGUGGAUGACGACACCUCUGAAUGCCACACAGUGAUAAACAGCCCGUGUCAGCCAGCUCAUGUGUUCCAGGUCGAGUAAUAAUUUCAAAUGCAAUAGCGCCCCCCCCCCCCCCCCCCAAAAAAAAAAAAAAACUGUAUGUGCCAGAGUUCCAACUGUGUGACUGCACCCCUGUAUGUCUUUUUCAAAAUAACCUCCGUACUGUAGAAAUAACAGAAGUGGGUGCAUGUCCUGGGAAUGUUUGGCUAGCAUAACAACACCGAGAAAAGACUUUGUUUGCAAUGAAUAAGCGAUGUUAUCUAACAGCAGGUUUACACUAUCUUUGACUUGACAGGUAUUGUGUGUAUAAUAAUCAAAAGUUGAUUGAUUUUCUGACUUACUAACUUUUAUUAUUUUUGUAAUCAUUUUUGUUAUGUUUUGUUGUGUUUCUGGGUAGAAAUAACUUGUAGAACAAACUAUGUAGAUUAAAUAUCCCAGAGAUACGAGUGUCCAACCUCCAGUAUGAAGCCAGUUGUAUAGUGUGCUUUUGUCACUAUGUUACCAUCAUCAACAAUAGGACUCAGUUAUGCCGUCUGUAGGCUUUCAGCUACUCUGUGGUGUUCUGUACAUCUGUAGUAUGUACUUGUGAAAGUGCCUUUGAAAAUGUUUUAGAGGAACUUCAGACAUUCUGUACUGUUGCAUUUUCAUGUCAGAUGCUGUGUUUGUUUUUUUGUUUUUUUGAGAAAAUGCAGUGCAGGUAAAAAAACAACAACACAUGAAUAAGUAAUGAUGCCAUUUUCCAAAGUUAUAUGACAGAAUUAAUAAUAAAUAAACAGCAUACCCAUUGUGACAUUGCACUUUUAUGUAUAUAACUGUAUAUAUGGCAUGUAACAUCAUAACGUUUAGAGUUCUUUGAGGGCUUAUACCUCCAAGGAUUUCUUUCUAAUAAAGGAAAUAGUUUGUCGA